GAGACACAGACACACAGACACACACAGAGACACACAGAGACACACAGACACACACAGACACACUCAGAGACACAGAGAGACUCUGAAGCUCCGAGCUGAGAAUACCGGACCCCCCCCCACCCACACACACACACCCACACACACACACCUGUCUGCAACCUGCUGCACGAGACCUCAGCACCUCCGACAGGUCGCUGCAUCACGAUGAAACAAAGCUGGACUCCAUGUGAGCUCGCCCUCGGUCACGGUUCUCGUCCCCAAGUCAUCCGCCGGGUGUCCACCAACAGUCGAGAGCGUUGGCGUCAGCAGAACGUUAACGGAGCGUUCACGGAGCUGCGUCGUCUCAUCCCCACACACCCUCCCGACAGGAAGCUCAGCAAGAACGAGAUCCUGCGCCUCGCCCUCAGGUACAUCAACUUCCUGGAGCAGGUGCUGACGGAGCAGGAGCUGAGGGCGGCCCCCCGGGGCCGAGCGGGGAGCCUGGAGCAGGAGGACGAGCUGCAGGGGGCGCCGUCACCGGACUCCAGCUGUGGGAGUUCAGCCGACGGAGACUCAGACGGUCUGACGGAGGAGCAGGACUGUGGAGGGCUCCUGCAGCACCUCCACCUCACACCCAGCCACAGCUGGACAGAGACCAGCAGCACCAGUCCAGACUGGUCCACCAUGUCCAGACCAGCAGGGGGCGUUAGAGCCGUCUGUGCUGACGUAACAUGUAACGCAAGUUGUUGUUGAAGUGAUCUUUAAAAACAGCAGAAUGGUCCUUUAAACACACAUUGUUGUUGUUGUUGUUGUUGUUGUUGUUGUUAUUGUUGUUGUCAUGUGAUAUUCACAUUGAUCAGUUUCAUUAUUAAUGAAUUAUUAAUCAGCCCGUCGCUGACACGUGUUUUAUAUUCUGUCAGAGAAGAAGAAGAUGCCGACGUGUCUCGGCAGAAGUCUCAGACGCCAGAUUCAGUUUCUUUGAUGUCAAAGAAACUUUUGGUGAUUUUAUUGUUUGUUGAUGUUUUUCAUCUGUGACGUGAAAUGUUUCUGGAAGAAUUCAGAAAAUGAAAAUAUUAAAGUCUUUUGAC